CCCAAUUUUUUCAAAAAGCCCCCUCCAAGGUUAGGGUUUGUGAGAAAUUUAAACAGGGGGGAAAAAUCGAAGAAGGGGAGGGAGAAAUAUGAGGGUUUGGAUUUCGUCCGUUUUCUCUUCGCCGGGGGUGAGGGCUUUUAGGGGCACUCCGACAAGGGUCUAGAGUUUUCGUGCUUUUUUUCUUACCAAAACCGCUCCUUUCUCACCCGUUUUCCCCGAUUUUCCCGUAUUUCCCGGCCUUUUCUCCGAUAAUAGCGCGGAUUUCGGGAAUUUUCUGGUGAAAUUCGGAAAAAAAGGAGGAAUUUUGGUGAGGGUCCGGCGUCCGGGCACGUAAUUUCUAGGGUUUUUUUGCUGCAUCUUGAUAGGAGUAGGGUUAUUUUUACUGCAGCCGUUUUUUUAAUCUCGUAUUAAGUUUUGGGUUUUAGGAUUUUUCUGUUAGUAUCUUGAUUUUAUUUUCCACCUUGUUCCUUGUACUGUAAAUUAUGUCUCGCUGCUGCUGCUGUAAUUUGGAGUUAAUGAGCUGAUUUCGGAGCCUAGGGUUUAUGGUUUCUGAGAAUUCUUGCUUCCUGUUAGGGUUCUGGAGCUUUUUAAGUAGAUGUUCUCGGUAAAAAUCGGAUCUUUGUACUGUUUUCUUUCCUGAUCUUGUUGGUGGACGCGGGAACAGAGCAAAAUUCAAGUCUUUCGAGAACAACAUAUUUUUCUACUGAAAAAGGGGACUGGAGUGUGUUUCUACUCGAUUUUAACUGGAAUUCUUGGGGUUGGGGUUGCAAUAGAGCUCGAAUUAUCAGGUAGUGGUGUUUAAAGCUUCCUUUUCGGGUAAAUGGAAGUAAGAUCUGAGACUGGAAUCAUGUCGGGGAGGGAAUCGUUUAACGUAGGUAUGCAGAAAAGCCCUGUCCAGUCCCAGCCAUCGAUGCAGAGCAUGCGAUUGGCCUUCGCUCCAGAUGGAACGGCGAUAUACAAGCCGAUCACCACUAGCUCUCCUCCACCUCCGCCUUAUCAAGGAGGAGGAGGAGGAGCAGGAACAGGAGGAGGAGGGAGCACCGGAGGCGGUGAUGGUCCCUCCCCAGCGGCGAUCACGCCACAUGGCCUGAACAUCAACAUGGGAGAGCCGAUGAAACGGAAGCGAGGGCGGCCGAGGAAGUACGGGCCUGAUGGUGCCAUGGCUCUCGCAUUGACCACUGCAUCUCCAACUGCAGCAGUCUCACCUGCUUCAGGAGGGUUCUCUCAUUCCUCUGCUGGGGCAGGGAACCCGGCGUCAUCGGCCUCGGCAGAGGCCAUGAAGAAAGCAAGAGGCCGGCCGCCUGGCUCUGGCAAGAAGCAGCAGAUGGCUGCUCUGGGAUCAGCAGGGAUUGGAUUUACACCUCAUGUUAUUACAGUUAAGGCUGGAGAGGAUGUGUCGUCAAAGAUCAUGUCAUUUUCUCAGCAUGGACCACGUGCAGUUUGCAUCCUUUCAGCAAAUGGUGCUAUAUCUAAUGUGACCCUUCGUCAGGCCGCAACUUCUGGUGGAACAGUAACUUACGAGGGCCGAUUUGAGAUAUUGUCACUAUCUGGUUCAUUUUUGCUGUCAGAGAGUGGCGGCCAGCGUAGUAGAACAGGUGGUCUGAGUGUUUCGCUGGCAGGCCCUGAUGGCCGUGUUUUAGGUGGUGGAGUGGCAGGACAAUUAACAGCAGCAUCCCCGGUGCAGGUUGUGGUGGGCAGUUUUAUAGCUGAUGGGAAGAAAGAGCCAAAGCAGACGAGUCCUUCAGAGCCUGCGUCGGCUCCUGGAAAGCUUGCCCCUGGUGGGACAGCGGGCGCCAACAGUCCACCCUCGCGAGGCACGCUGAGCGAAUCCUCCGGCGGGCCUGGAAGCCCAUUGAACCAGAGCACGGGCACCUGCAACAACAGCAACCAACAGGGUUUGUCUGGGAUGCCGUGGAAAUAGCUUAUCCUGAUGCUACUUGUAAUCUUAAUUGCAAUUGAACCUCUUGUUCCUUCCUCUCUUUUUUGUGUAACUUAGCUAGUAGUUUACCUUUUCCCACCAUCCUGUGUCGGUUUAGAGACAGAGAGAGAAAGAGACAUCUAGCUUUCACGGAGCUCUUGUUCUAUCUUUCCAGCUGCAUGCGGUUUUAUUAUAAUGUGUGUGAAGGUGUUGUACGGAAAUAUUCCCAUGUAUCGACAAUAUGGUCAUGUGUGUUCGACCAACUCUUAUCGUCUGUGUAAUGACCUUGAUGCUUCCUGUUGGUUUUUUUUUUUCUUUAGUCUUUAGACAUUAUCAUC